CCCUCGGAAGGCCCUGGCCGCUGCCGCCGUCGCCAUGGUCGCAAUGGUGGCGACUGUCCCGUGGCUGUUGGUGGUCCUCUGCCUGGCUCUCUGGGGCCCUGGCGGGUCCGGCCGCCUGCUGCUGGCCGCGGUGGGGGCUGCUGUGGCAGGACCGGCCGCCCUGGCAGUGUUGAAGGCUCUGAUGGCCCACGCGCGUCUGUGGCACCGGCUGAUGCCCGUGCCCAGCGUGGCCCGCGCCCUUCCUCUGGUGGGCCACUCUCUGCUCCUGAAGCCAAAUGGCACAGACUUCUUCCAGCAGGUGAUCCAGUACACGGAGGAGUUUCGCCACAUGCCCCUAUGGAAACUGUGGAUUGGACCUGUCCCCGUGGUGAUUCUGUACCACGCGGAGAGUGUGGAGGCGAUCCUCAACAGCUCAAAGCAAAUCAGCAAAUCCUAUCUAUACAGGUUUCUGGAGCCAUGGCUUGGCCUGGGGCUACUGACCAGCACUGGGGGGAAGUGGCGCUCCCGGAGGAAGAUGUUGACCCCAACCUUCCACUUCACCAUCCUGGAAGAGUUUGUGGGGGUCAUGAAUGAGCAUGCUGAGACCCUAGUGGAGAAAUUUGAGAAGCACGUCGACCAAGAUGCCUUUGAUUGCUUCAUGGAUGUCACCCUCUGUGCCCUAGACAUUAUCUGUGAAACUGCCAUGGGCAGGAACAUCCAGGUGCAGAACAAUGGCAAUUCAGAAUAUGUUCGGACCAUCUACAGGAUGAGCGACCUGAUCCAUAGAAGGACUAAGAUGCCGUGGCUGUGGUUGGACACCUGCUACCUUCUGUUCCAGGAAGGCCGGGAGCAUCGGCAGAAUCUCCGGGUUCUGCAUGAGUUCACAGACCGCGUGAUCGCAGAGCGCAGCAGGGAGCUGGAGCAGAGCCGGCAGGUGGCCCUGAAGGGCCCUGGAUCCCCACGGCCCAGGCGGCGGGCUUUCCUAGACCUGCUCCUGGAGACUAAAGAUGAUGCCGGGAAUGGGCUGAGUCCGCGCGACGUGCGGGAAGAAGUGGACACGUUCAUGUUUGAGGGCCACGACACCACCGCUGCGGCUAUGAGUUUCGUCUUGUUCCUCCUUGGGUCCUGCCCAGACGCCCAAAGGAAAGUGAACGAUGAACUGGAUCAGGUGUUCGGGGACUCUUCUCGCCACGCCACAAUGGAUGACCUGAAGGAACUGCGCUACCUGGAGUGUGUCAUCAAGGAGAGCCUGAGGCUUUUCCCUUCCGUGCCCUUCCUGGCCCGCACAAUCAGCGAGGACUGCUGCAUCACCGGAUUCUGCAUCCCCAAGGGCACCACGGCUCUCAUCUGCCCUUUCGCCCUGCACCGAGACCCCAGGUAUUUCCCCGAUCCCGAGGAAUUCCGACCGGAGCGCUUCUUGCCCGAAAAUGCCCAUGGUCAGCACCCAUUUGCCUACGUGCCUUUCUCCGCGGGACUGCGCAACUGCAUUGGUCAGAAGUUCGCCCUGCUGGAGGAGAAGACCAUCCUGUCAAGCCUCCUGCGGCGAUUCUGGGUGGAAUCAGUCCAGAAGCGGGAGGAGCUUGGCCUGGCGGGAGAGCUGAUCCUCCGCCCUACCCGUGGCCUGUGGAUCAAGCUGAAGAGAAGGGGAGCGAGGACCUCCUUGGACUAGCCCCAGGGCAGGAGGGGUCUCCCCGCGGCUUCCGACGGCCCCCCGGACCUCCCCCCACCCCCCGACCUCGUCCCGGGGCUCCGGCCUGCCCAGGGUCUGCACGGCGUCGCUGACCGGCCGGGCCUGGGUCUGAGCCUGGGCCUGGGCUACUCAUU